CAGUUCUUUGGGAAGAUGUGGUUGUAGGAUGGUUGGACUCUCGGCUUUGUGACGUCACCGAAGUCAAGUGGGUUGACUAUUUAAGGGGGCUCUCUCCACACCCUCCGUACAGUUCACUCUGAGCAGUUAUCCCAAUCACACAAUGAAGUCUUUCGUCGCCGUUCUCGCUUCCUUGGCCGUGGCCGCCGCUGCUCCCACCUAUGUUCAGCAACCCUACGCCAUCGAGGAGACUGUCGUGGCUGGUCAUCCCGUUGCCCAGACCUACGUGCAACACGGCAUCGUUGGCAAGCAAACCGUCCAAGUGGGCCGUCAAGCUGUCCAAGUUGGACAUGAGUACGGUGUGGCUGGACAACAAGUUCUGGCCCAGCCCGCUUACCAAUACGUGGCUGGCGAGCCCAAGUCUUACUCCCAGACUGUGCCCAUUGCCCCUCCCCAACUCCCCGUGGCUGCGGCUCCCAACGCCUAUAACAUCCCCGCCCCUCUUACCAACCAAGGACCCGCUCCCGCCGACACCGUGACCCAAACCUUGAUCGACGCCCCCGUGCGCACCCACACCAAGAUCACUCCCCAAUACACCCAGGUCGUGCCUGAGCUCCGUGUGAACAAGGUCCCCGUUGAGUACCGCGUGAACGUGCCCGUGCCCGUCCACCGCGACGUCGUGGUUGAGAAGAAGGUGGCCCGUCCUUAUGCCGUGGAGGUGCCUCAAGCCGUGCCUGUGGCCGCUCCCUACAAGGUCCAUGAUGUGCACACCGUGGUCCAGACUCCCGUUGUCCAAGAGCACACCUACUCCGUCCACCAACCCCAGGUCGCCGUGGCUCAUUCUUACUAAUUGAAAAACGCCCAUCAAACCAACGCCAACGAAUGUGAUGAUGAAAAAUAACUGUUCAGAGUGAUUUGUGACGCCAUUUAGAGACACAUUAAGAUCUUUACCUGUUUUUGUGUAUUCUAGUUGACAAUUGCAAUAAAGUUUUAACUUAAAUGCGAAAA